AUGAAGAUGUCAGAAGAGGAAGAAGACGUCGGAUACACGUCCCCACUCAUGUCACCUCACUUUGCACACUCGACAUCUUCGUAUUCCAAGUCAUCAGAAGGUAUUGGCAAGAAUCAGAAGAAUCAAAUGAAAAGGAUGGAAGAGGAAGCUAAUAUACCGGUGAUCACGACUGUGGAUGAGUUGUUGAAAGCGACGACUGCAUGGCGUCCUUAUCCCCUAUUCAUCAUUUUUGUCAUGUCAUUCCUAUGGUCUCUAUGUGCUCUCAGUGCGAUUUCGCCCGCUUUCACAGCUCCAGCCGGGGAUGACUGCGAGAACAACUGCUCCUUCUACACAAUCCAACACGAUUUCAAUUUAACGGCUUCUAUCUCACUCCUGGAGCCUGCCGAGUUAACGACAUCGAUCUACUUUUUGGGAAAUCUGCUUAUUGGUCAACUGUUUGCAGUUCUAGCUGAUAGAUUCGGUCGGCGUCCUAUCAUCAUUCUCUCACUCCUCUUGACAGGAAUCGCGGGAUCACUUGGAUCACUGGCUCCUAAUUUUCCACUUUUGUUAGUUGCCAGAUUCAUUCAGGGAUCUUGUUAUACUCCGCUCACAACAGUCAACUAUGUUCUCAGUGGAGAGAGCAUUCCCCACCGAUCACAAUCGCUCACUUCUAUAUUUUUCGGUGUCUCUUGGGUGUGUGGGUACUGUUUCUUGGCUCCAUUAUCCGUAUGGUUCCCAACGUGGCGCAGUUUACAAUUUGUUACAUCCGUUCCAAAUGUGGCAGUUUCUCUGUUCUUGAUGAUGACCCUUCCAGAAAGUCUCAGCUAUUCGAUAGAGAAGAACGAUAGGAAAUCGGUUGCUGAGUGGAUAAAAAGGAAUGAGCUGUUCUCGUGUCGAAAACUCAAUUACAAUCUAGAUGCAGUUAUGAGCAUUAAUGAGGAGAAGGCGGAGCAACGUCUGACAAUCUAUCAAAUGUUCCGGGAGAUUCUAGGAGAUAGGUCGAUUACAAGAUGCAUGAUUGUGGAGACAUGUCUGUGGAUUCUGACGUUUAUGACUUAUUGUGCACUAUCACUUACUUCCACAUCGGUUGGGAAUUCUGAUCCGUUGGUUUCGUUCACGUUCUCGGGCGUUGUUGAACUACCUGCGUACCUCUUCUCCCAAUAUGUCUCAAGUGAUAUCAAGACGUGGGCAAAACGGCGCCCAACUCGAUUUAUGUGUCACUUGACUGGUGCGUUGGCUCUUCUCACUAUGUACUUCCUCUCUCCCGACACAUCCUCCCAUCUCAUCAUUUGGCUCAUAGCAAAACUUUGUGCCGCCUGUUGCUACAUCUUCUGCUUCAUUUAUGCUGCCGAACUGUUCCCCACCUUCUGCCGGUCGUGUUGCAUUGGAGUGUGUUCGACGUGCUGUAACAUUGGAGCUAUUUUGGCUCCUCAUAUUUUCGCAAUCGACGCUUUAGCUCCGGGUUCCCAGUUUUUGGUGCUUGCUUCUGUUGGUUUGACAUGUUCAGUGCUGACAUGGUUUCAGAAGGAGACCAAAAUCUAG